AGCUACUCUUCCCGUUUUGAAUCGUUUUGUUGGUUCAGAAUCCGAAUACAAUAAAGUGCUUAGGCCAGCGUCGCUCCAUGAUCUUUGUGAUUCGUACGUAUGUACCACCUCAAUGGCCAAAACAACUAAAAUUAGAAGAUCCAAAAGUCUACAACUAGCAACCACUGACGUGCGUUCGUUCAAUCGAAUGGAUGUUUUUCUAUAUGACUUACCAGCGACAAGAGCAAGACUGUAGGAAUGUAGCAUUUUUACACAGCAUUAUACACUAGCGACUUGAAAUAGGCUUUCCAUUUGCGGCGCUUGCUAUAACGAGUAUGUUAAGACGAUACGAUUAUCAGGUGUGCGACGCAUGAACCCCGCCUCCUGCAAGAACGCAUUUUAUGACGCAGCAGCUGCCAGGUUGACUAUGAAGCUGCAUUUGAACGCCGGGCUGCACGACCUUCCUUCCUUCCAGAAGCAGAACGCUACUGCUGUGGUUUUCUUAUAAGCGGCCGCCCGUUUUGUUCAUUAAUCAUCCCGAGCUCCAAACGCCAUGUCGGCGAUUUCCCUGCGGUGCGAGCUGGAAGCGGGUGGGGCCGACUUUGACGCGGUGGUGGCCCGGCAUGAGAAGUUCCUGGAGGCCCUGGCGACGCAGCAGCCGGCCGCUCGGUGGUGCCCCAGCUCCGCCAGCCUGUGCGUGACCAAGCGCCGCAAGCUGCGGGCGGCCGACCUGCGCGAAGAGCUGCAGCUCCCCUCCGAAGACCACGUGUACGACCUCUUUCACUGUUACCAGCAACACAAACUCACGCAGCAGUGGCACCGGUCCGAGAUCAACACGAGGGAACUGGACGAGGAGGACGUGGCGUCGUUUGACCUGUACGACCAAAUGAUACAGAGCUUGUCCACCCCCGCGGAGGGAGGAUCUACUUCUACAGCAUCUUCACAGGCGGCCCCGGCGCAAAUAAUCACCUCGUCCACUGGCGCAACAAUAAAUAAGUCGAGAAUUAUACAGCAGAACCAGCAGCGGGAAUUGCACUCUUUAGCCCCGGAGGAGUACCACCGGCAGCUGCUGCAGGAACUCCGCUACUUCCUCCACGCCGAGCGCGUUGCAGUGCUGCAGACGUUUGCGCUGCUGGUUGGCGAGUUCGCGAACAUCUCCACGGCUGCGUCCGCGAAGGCCGCACGAACCAGCGGGACGAGCUCCUCCUCGAGCAGUAGCAGCAGUAGGCUCCGAGCAAGCGUGAAUAACAACUCCUCG